AAAUACUUGCUGGCUUGCUUGAGCAAGCUGCUGGAAGUAUACAGACCUGGCAUGGCAAUCAGCUAUGACAUUGGUUGCAAGCAUUCCAAGACUGUUGCACAUAGCAGCCUUGGCACUCAUGCCAAGGCCCUUGGCUUACAUUUCUUUGUUGGUGCUUUCCACGGCUAUGCUCACAAUCAAAAGUGCCAGCUCAUGUACCACCCUUGCUUCUUGUGCUUGGCAGGGCUAGAAGAUUUUGAGACAAACAAGCACAUUUUCUCAAAACAGAAUCUAAUGGCUCACUUGUUUUGCCAUGGCUCAUGUUACCAUUGUCACAUGAUCUUGCUUCUCUUCUGGAGUUGGUGGGAUGAGGACUGCCAAGUGGCACUUGCAGACUUUAUAUAUGAUAACUAUCGGCAAGCACUACAUAUUCUUGCCAUGGUGCAGCCAAGUGUCAUCAAUUUCCAGCACUUGCACCAGCUCUCAGAUGAGGACUUUGCUCGGUUCCUGCAAGAGGAGCAAGACUAUUUCAACGGGCUCAUAGCUGAGCCUGAGGAGGACGUGGUUGCAUUUAGAUACCUUGAGACUCUGCAGAGCCUUGCCAGUGCUAGGUAUGUGCCUCACUUACCAUGUUUACUAUUAUUCCUAACAAGCAAGCAGGCAGAAGCUGUGAGAAUCAGGCUUCGAUGGCUUUGUCCACACUAG